GCUGCUGUUAAUGUAAAACCAGGAGUUCAUCUGUACGUUAGUCUCCCUCUAGUGAUAUUAGCGAGAACUGACAGACAUACAUUACCUGCAAGGAUUUUACCCCAACCUACAUGUUUCAGAAGUGCACAUACAUUUUGGAAGCAAGGUGCGGAAGGACUACCAAUUGUUAUAAUACAAUGAAUUCAUGGAUGUUGAGCGCAUUCAUUAUGUUUUUGUCAUUUACUUUUUUACUUGGGGCUGAGCAAAAGGAAGAAGACGUUCGUGCUGGUUGCAGGACGGCGGUGAAUGAUUUAGUCUAUAUCAUCGACGGGUCCUGGAGUGUUGGAUACUCAAACUUUGACACUGCCAAGAGCUGGCUCAUUAACAUAACAAACAGCUUUGAUGUAGGGCCCCAGUUCACACAGGUGGCUGUUGUACAGUACAGUGAUACUCCAAGACUGGAGAUCCCGCUGGGCAAGCACCACACAAGCAAAGAACUUGUUGAAGCCAUUGAAAAUAUUAAAUAUUUAGGAGGGAACACCCAAACUGGGAGAGCCAUCAAAUUUGCCACAAAUCAUGUAUUCCCGUCAUCCCAGAGGACUAAUACAGCAAAGAACCAGAUUGCCGUGGUUGUCACUGAUGGUAGAUCCCAGGAUGACGUUGUGGAUUCCUCCGUGGAAGCCAAGGCUCAGAACAUCAUAAUGUUUGCUGUGGGUGUCGGGUCUGAAAUUACAAACUCAGAGUUGGUAUCCAUUGCUAACAAGCCGUCUUCUACUUAUGUGUUGUACGCAGAAGACUACACUACCAUUGACAAGAUUAAAGAAGCAAUGCAGCAAAAGCUUUGUGAAGAGUCGGUGUGUCCUACAAGGAUACCUGUGGCGUCACGUGAUGAGAAGGGCUUUGAGUUGCUGUCAGGGUUUAAAAUCGACCAGAAAGUGCAGAAAGCACCAGGUUCUCUGGCAUCAGAGGUAGCAUUCCUCCUCACUUCUGAUGUGGACAUCACUGAGAAUACCAGAGACAUAUUUCCUGAGGGCCUGCCACCAUCAUACGUGUUUGUGGCCACUUUACGGCUAAAAUCACCCACCAAUAAAGAAAAGUUUGACUUGUGGAGAAUACUUUCUAAGGAUGGCAUUUUCCAGGCAGCCGUUACAAUCAAUGGUGGAGAAAAAUCGGUAGCCUUCACAACUACCAGUAUUAUCAAUGAGCUGCAGUCAGUUAUUUUUAAAGAUGGGCGAAUAAAGAAACUGUUUGAUGAAGACUGGCACCAGCUGAAGCUGCUUGUGAGGGAGCUGCACGUUACCUGCUACCUAGACGAUGUCCUCAUUCAGAAGAAACCUCUGGAACAAGUCAUUCCCAUCUUCAUCAACGGAAAGACACAGGUCGCCAAGCGAGUGAAGAAGGAGACAACAGUGUCUAUAGAGAUACAGAAACUGAGACUCUAUUGUGAUCCUCAACAAAGUGAAAGGGAGACAGCAUGUGAAAUCUACUCAGUGGGACACUGCUAA